GACAGAGCUAAUUUUCCUCCUUAUGUUCGUCACAGUGAAUACUGAACUACCCUCUGAAUCCUACGGCAAAUGCAAGGUUCUCCCAGACCCCAUAGCUUUACAUCCCAGGUUUGGUCACAAUGUAAGAGCAGGGAAAUUGUCAUUAUCACGUGAAGGAGACAACAUUGUUGUACGAACGAUCUGCGACAACGAACAAGGAUUCGUCCUUCUUGAUAACCGCUUUAAAGAAAUGAGGUGUUUCUAUGAUGAGUUGAGAGGGAGGUGGACCUGGGACCACUAUCACCAAGACAAAACAUCUCCUCCAACCAUCAGAUGUGCUCAUGUGUCUCCGAAGCCUCUACUCCAACGGUUCAGACUUGGUCCUGAAUUCAAUGGUUGUGCGGACCAGCACUCGAAAGAGAAGGUGCUCUCUACCUUCAAAGAGAAACUCUCCAUAUCCCUACCCUGUGUACUAGCUGACGAGUGUAUUAUAAGUGGUCUGUCUUGUCAAGCUACGGAGACAAACACGGUGCUGUCGGUCAAAGUGACAUCCAGAUCCAUGCAACAUGUUAUGAAACAGAGGCUCAUUCUGGAGACAGCAGUUGAUUAUCUCAACUCUUAUCCACUUCAUUCGAUUCUUAACGGUCCAUCGGAGGGACACAGUCGUAAGAAGCGUUUUGACGCGGGAGAUUUCGAAAAUGCUGAAACUGAAGACGUUGUGCAGGAGGGUUGUGAAAAUGAUCAGAUCCAAAACUCUGACGAAACCUGUACCACGUGCACAGCAGGAACCUACGCUAACACGGCAGAUGAAGAUGCCCAAGUUUGUACUUCUUGCGCCCUUGACACAUACAGUGCUGAUGAAGCAACAGAAUGUACAGCAUGCGGUACAGGACUGGGUACCUUGGAAAUAGGGUCGGACACUGCUGAGGAUUGUAUUGCUGUCUGCACGGUGCCUAGUAUGGAGUUUGUAGCCGCAACGUCUCCUGAGCAUCGAGUAAGAGAAGAAGGGGGUGUUAUAAUAGUUUGUGAUGGAGGUUAUCAAUACGGAAAUUCUGCCAUGACAACUGUAACUUGCUCAAGUUCAACCAACAACUUCCCUGUUUCCUGUCGAAAGUUGACAAUGUCCUCACCUGCACCGUCGGUAAAGUCCGGUGAUGCUGGACAUCUCACUUGUACUGUUGAAACUAGUGACGUUGGAGUUGCUAUCCAGUGGUUUAAAGGCGACUCAGAUACCCCUCUACCAAGUGACGAUACCACUUAUACCAUAUCAACUGCACUGGCCACCUCCUUUGAAGCCGAUGGGAUAACAAAAAGGUCGACGUCCGAUCUGAUUGUUCUAAGUUUUGAUGCUACUGACGUUGGGUACUACUCAUGUAGAGUUGAUUAUGCUGAUCCGAUUCUAGAUGAUUCUUCUACUGAAACUACCUUGAACAUCCUUGAUUUAGUGGUGACCCCUACAGAAGCCCAGAUCGUAUCUGUCACUCAAACUCUUCAGAUGUCUUGUUCGUUGAAUUUAGAUCCAACUUAUACUUCCAGGACCGUGAAAUGGAAACUAAAUGAUGCCGAUGUUAACUCUGGUAUCAGCACCUCUACCUCCAGUACAUUCUACACUAGCACCCUCUCCCUCGUAACUGUAACUUUGUCUGAUAUUGGAACUUACAGCUGCAUCGCCACAUACACACCCAGUGAUGGAUCCAACCCUUUUGUUUUGAGUGGAACUGUUGAGGUGGCUGUGAGAGGAUUUGAGACCCAUCCUGCUGAUCAUACAGCAGAUCAAGGGUCGGAUGUGGCGAUGAGUUGUGUGGUUGUCGGUGAUCAGAGGGCCAGCAUCUCUUGGACACAAGAUUCGAAGGACUUAUCAGGUGACGAGGAUGUAUACGAUGAGCCCAACAAGAAGACCACAAGCACACUGACUAUCAUAUCAGCAGUAGCAGAUAAUACGGGGGUGUAUAAGUGUAGGGCUGACUUUGGGGGGACUGUUGUUGAGAGCGACACUGCUACUCUCACUGUCAUUGAUAUUGGCAUUAUUGAAGACCCCACCAACGCAGCGUACUUAGUAGGUGAGGAUGCUGUUCUAUCCUGUACAAUAAGGAACCCAGCCAGCUCCACCCUUACAGUUACCUGGUACAGGGCUGUUGGUCAGACUGACACUCCCCUGGAUCUGUCCCUCUUCAACUUUGAUUAUGCUAACCCUGCAACUUCAACCCUCACGUUUUCUUCAGCGACAAUGGAUAAAUCAGGUGUUUACAAAUGCGAGGCUGUUUAUGUGAUUAGUGAGCAGACUUUCACCCAAACGAGUGGAACUGCUUCUCUACAGAUCAGAGAGCUGUCGAAAACACUAAACGAGUACACGGCUGCAAAUUCCUUGGGUGGAUCACAAAAAUUUACUUGUGAGUACCAUGGAGACGAUGAUGUGGAUAGUGUCACGUGGGUUUACAAUGAGGGAGCUCUGCCGGCUGGUUAUUCUGUAACUCAGGGCAGUUACGGAGGAAAUACGGAGAAAUGGGAAACAGUUUUAACAGUAAACCCGAUUUUAAAGUCCAGUGGGGGAGCAAUUAAAUGUGCUUUCUCAUUCUCAGUAACUGGCCAGGACAUCGAUUCUACCACAACCUUUAGGGUUCGAUCUGUGGAUCCUCUGGACGCGGAGGUUUUCUCUAGUUUAGAAUCGUACACUGUUACCUGUACCUACAAGGGAAAUGAUGAGCCCUCUGUGUUGUGGGUGGUAGCUGGAUCAAUCGUAUCUGAAUCUGAUGAGGGAAUAUCUAUAAAUACCGGAUCUGUGAACCACGACACGAAUGAAAGGAACGAUCAGCUGAUCGUCUCGGGACGACUUUAUUCAGAUGCCAGCAAACCAAUCACCUGCAAAUACAUGUUCAAGGACCCCACGGCAGAACUAACAUCUUACACUGUGUUGAAGUUCAGAGGUUUGACGAGCGGGUUGAACUCAAAAUACUACUCGAGUGGAGCAGCCGUCAUAAUGCAGUGUGGACUUGGAGUUGGUUCAGAAGGUGCUGCGCCUAGAUCUACCUUCUGGUACAAUAUGGACGUAGAUGCCAAUGACCCCCUAGUUACGGGCUCUACUUACAAGGUAACAACAGAUACCGAGGUAAACAACGGACUCUUCAAGACCACACUGACCAUCAAAGAAGAGGGAAUCACCACAUCAAAUGCUGGGGUCUACAUGUGUAUGUUCUCUGUAUCUGAUAGUGAGAGUUAUGCAUCUAAAGGCAGACUUAUAGUGGGGCUUGUUCGCACACUUCCUUCCGAAGACAGGGUAUAUAGUUACGCUAAUGCAGGGUUGCAGCUCAGUUGUAUCCUGGAUGCGAGUGAUGAGGAGUCUGCUAUAACAUGGUCAGGUCCUGAUGGAAAGAUAGACCCUUCGCAGUAUAGUAGUGACCAGGACGACCCCAACACUCACAUUCUGACCCUGUCAAGCCAAGCUUCCAGUGGUGAAUACAGGUGCUCGUUUGCUUUAUCUGAGGGAAAUGUACCUGAGGGUAUUUUCCCUGAUGUGAACUUGAACCUGGUAGAGAUGGUAAGCUCAGCUGCUCUUUACAGCACUUACGGAGCCGGACUUUCUGUCACACUCACCUGCCAAGUUACCUCUCCCAGAGAAGUUGAUCUCUACUUCCACGAUGGUUCCAAAGACAUGAGUCCAACAAAUUCAUAUUAUGAAGAUGGUAGGACAGUCGGAGAGUAUGUCAUCACCAUUGACUCCUCAAACAAAGAAGGUAUUUUCCAGUGCAAGAAAAGCGCAACAGAGUUCAGCCCGACCUCAAGUACCCUUACAGUGUUCUGGAUAACAGAGCCACUGACUUCACCAACUCGGGGUAACAUUGGAACAGCUGUAACCUUUACUUGUACCGCUCAGUUCCAUGCAGAUCUGACUGUUCCUGAAGUAUCAUGGCUGAAUGGAGACAGUGCAACUCAAGAGACACCUGAGGCUUUGGUGGUAGCAGAAGAUAGCUCUACCAUUCAGAGCAAAUUGCCCAUCACCAUAUCCCUGGAAAACGACAACAGUGUUUACAAAUGUGUCAUUACUUACAGCGGGCUUGCUACUCACGCUGGGAAAUCCCUGGAAACUUCAACAAUCGUCAUAAUGAACACUGUUGCCUCAACACCCAAGGAUAUCACCACCGCUGUAGACCAGACAUUGACUUGUAAUAUCGGAGGUCUAGACGCUAGUGGAACCCCUGCUACUGUAACUUGGAAGGAUAAUGAUGAUGCUGAAGUUGAAACAUCGGAUACCCAAAACUAUGGUCUCGUCCAAGGAUCGGUAGAUGGCAGCGGAAAUCAGGUAGCAGAACUGACUAUCAAAGCUGCGAAGCUGGCUGCUUUUGCUAGCCUAUCAUCAGUGACCUACAAGUGCUCCGUCAAAUCUGGAAAAUACGCAGAUUCUCCUGCAUCUGACUACGUAGAUGUCGUAGCUAAUAUUCUAAAACUGGAGGUAACUACUGUGAACAAGGAACAGCUUACUGGCACUGAAGCAACGAUAUCGUGUACUGUUGCGGGUUUGACACAGGCACUUAGUAACGUAAAAUGGACAGCGUCUGGUGGUGAUGAUGCGCUGACUGCACCAUUUACCGUCGAGGCGGGAUCGUUGGAUGGAAGAUACCAAACUACCAUUUUGACGAUUCCUGAAGCUCAGAACACCGGUGAUGUCACUUACUCGUGUGUUUUCACUUCCGCUGAACAUACUGCAGUAGACCGGAAAACGGCAGUCAUCUUGAAAGUUUUUUCUGUUGCCUCAACACCCAAGGAUAUCACCACCGCUGUAGACCAGACAUUGACUUGUAAUAUCGGAGGUCUAGACGCUAGUGGAACCCCUGCUACUGUAACUUGGAAGGAUAAUGAUGAUGCUGAAGUUGAAACAUCGGAUACCCAAAACUAUGGUCUCGUCCAAGGAUCGGUAGAUGGCAGCGGAAAUCAGGUAGCAGAACUGACUAUCAAAGCUGCGAAGCUGGCUGCUUUUGCUAGCCUAUCAUCAGUGACCUACAAGUGCUCCGUCAAAUCUGGAAAAUACGCAGAUUCACCUGCAUCUGACUACGUAGAUGUCGUAGCUAAUAUUCUAAAACUGGAGGUAACUACUGUGAACAAGGAACAGCUUACUGGCACUGAAGCAACGAUAUCGUGUACUGUUGCGGGUUUGACACAGGCACUUAGUAACGUAAAAUGGACAACUUCAGCAAAUGCCGAUGUGAUGAGCCCAGAUCAAGGCUACACUGUCGAUCAGGGAUCGUUGGAAGGAGCUACUCAAACUACCACUUUAACUAUUCCUACUGAUAAGAACAACGAUGAUGCUACUUACUUUUGUGUUUUCACUUCCACUGAACAUACUGCAGUAGAUCGGAAAACUGCAGUCAGUUCCAAAGUUUUUACUGUCACCCCAGAAGCCAAGCCAGUUACCACCGCCGUUGAUCAGACGUUAAGGUGCACUAUUGGUGACCUCGAUCAAGCAGUCAAAAUAACUUGGAAGGGACCAGAUGGAACAACUGUUACAGAUGACGAUUACUACGAUCUCAGCGCGGAAACAGUCACUGAUGGAGGCACACAAGUGUCUACUCUAACUAUCAAGGCAGAUAAAAUGGGAUCUUUUGUCGAUGAAACCUCAUUCACAUACACGUGCUCCGCCAAGUCGGAACAGUACAUAGAUUCGCCUGAAUCAAAGGACUUUGAUGUCGUAGCUACUGUCUUGGAUCUAGCGGUAAUUGCUGUGAACAAAGAACAGCUCAAAGAAACAGAAGCAACGCUAUCUUGUAAAAUAACUGGUCUGACGAACCAACUAGAUAAAAUAACAUGGACGAAAUCCGACGAUACACCGAUAAUAUCAGGCCAGGACGGCUUAACCAUUAACGAUGGUAUUCUGGAUGACAACAGUUCUCAGACCACUACUUUGACAGUUAGCGGUGCUGAAAACGGCCAGGACACCACCUACAAGUGUGUUAUAACCUCUCUUGAACAUGAUGUCGCGGACAGGAGCACCACUGUUAGUCUCCAAGUGUUUUCUGUAACCCCAGUGGCAACGUCUAUCACGACUGCUAUCGACCAGACUUUAACUUGCUCUAUUGGAGAACUUACUCCAAAUGGAAAUCCUGCUUCUGUCGAGUGGACAGAUCCAUAUGAAAUAACAAUAUCCUCAAACAACAACAAUUACGUGAUCAACUCGGGCACUCCUGAUGAUUCAGGGUCUCAGUCAGCAAAACUAACCAUCAAGCCAGAUCAGUUGAGGAAGUUAACCACCUCAACUGUUUACAAGUGUCGCGUAAAGUCCGGAAAGUACCCGGUGUCACCUGCAGCUGACUUUCAGGAUGUUAAAGUUACUGUUCAAAAAGCUUUAGGUAAUUUCUUUAUAUUCGUGUUCCACGUUUGCAUGAUGGUAAUAUGA